AUGGCGGUGGAAUUCAACUGGGCCCCGCGCAGCGCCAUUGACAUGCCAACGACUACCGGUUUCUUCAGUGCCGAUGACCCGAUCACAUUAGGAAAAUGCAAGAUCGGCAUAGUUCUUAGCAAGCGCCCUGUUGUGAACUCUGGAUACUUCGCCGUUGGAGACAACACCUGGAGCGACGGCUUACUUUUCGACAAUGCGUUCAAGGAAAGACAAUUCACAAUUACGUUUGCUCAGGGCAGCUUUGUCUCGGGUGGGGAUAUCAAGUGGAAGAAGGUCAAGGAUCUCUGGGAUGCGCCGAGAUUCAGGUACAAGAUGAUUGUGGAUCCUUCCCCUUACCCGGCACGAAAGGAUUGGGUAGAUCCGUCGUCAGUCGAAGCACUGGGCUUCUGGAACUGGAAUUUGUUCUGUGCCGAGAAAGAUGUUCUGUUUGUAUCGAAGAAGGAGAAGGAGAAGGAGAAGAAGAAGUCAUUCGGGGCGAAAUUGCGAGUCUUUCUCAAGAAGAUGAAGUUUUGA